AAAAAUAUCCCUCAUUUCAGAAGUUCCUUCUACUACUAUAUAUAGCUUUGCUAUUUUCAAAAGUUCCUCAUCCUCUCGUGCACUUAACUCUUACAUAUAUAUAUACACACACACAAUAGUUAAUUUGUUGUUGCUUCAAUUCGUUUCUUGCGUCAAAUUAAGUCAUCUGGGGAGGCUCAUAAUGAAUAUAGGGUUAGUGGUAAUAGUGGCUGUGGUAUUGUGGAGUGGGGUUGCAGCUGCACAAGCACAACGAGUACCUUGCUACUUUAUUUUUGGAGACUCUUCGGCAGAUAAUGGGAACAACAACCAGCUUUGGUCAAAUGCAAGAGCUAAUUACCUUCCUUAUGGGAUUGACUCCUCUGUUGGCCCAACUGGAAGGUUUUCCAAUGGGAAAACUACUGUUGAUGUAAUCGCUGAGCUUUUGGGGUUGGCCGGUUUCAUACGUCCCUAUGCAAGUGCUGGAGCCCGAGACAUAUUUUACGGAGUCAAUUAUGCUUCAGCAGCUUCCGGAAUUAGAGACGAAACUGGACAACAAUUGGGAAGCCGUAUCAGUCUUAGAGGGCAGGUGCAAAACCACAUAAGGACGGCGUACCAGAUGUUAAAUUCACUGGGAGAUGUGAACAGAACUUUAACUUACCUGGGCAGGUGCAUUUAUUCAAUUGGAGUGGGUGGCGAUGAUUAUCUUAACAACUAUUUCAUGCCUCAAUUCUAUCCCACCAGCAGGCAGUACACACCAGAGCAGUAUGCUAAUCUUCUUCUCCAAUCAUAUGCUCAACUACUCGAGGUUCUGUACAACUAUGGGGCAAGGAAAAUGGUAUUAUUUGGGAUUAGUCCGAUAGGUUGCACCCCUUAUGCAUUGGCCCAAAGCAGCCCAGAUGGUAGAACAUGUGUGGAAAGACUGAAUUCUGCAACCCAAUUAUUCAACACCGGAUUGAGAUCUCUUGUUGAUCAACUCAACAACCGGAUUCCGAAUGCAAGAUUCAUCUAUGUAAACGUUUAUGGUAUCAUGCAAAAUAUCAUAAGCAACCCAUCGUCCUUUGGUGUCAGAGUCACAAAUGUUGGGUGCUGUAGGGUAGCAAGCAACAACGGUCAAAGUACAUGUGUGCCCCUGCAAACCCCAUGCUUGAACAGGAACGAGUACCUGUAUUGGGAUGCAUCUAAUCCAACAGAGACCGCCAAUACUAUCAUUGCUAGGAGAGCUUACAAUGCUCAAUCUACAUCGGAUGCUUUCCCUAUUGAUAUUAAUCGCUUAGCUCAGAUCUAAAUAGGGUCUAGUAGUGGCAAUAAGCUCUAGUAGUUGCAAUAAGCGGUGCCAUAAUAACAGUGACUGACUGUAAUGUGUAAUUUUUGGAGAAGAAAAUGAUAUUUUUUAAUUGAGUUUAA